CACGGACAGGGCACUAGUCACAUCGUUUACAGUUUUCUAGCAGCCUUUUAAUCCACAGUCACCUCUUCUUCUGGGAAGCCAAAGAAUCUCCUUGAUUUGUCACGGAUGCUUUAUUUUUACUCAUACGUACCACUCUCAACACCCGAAAGCUGACACACUCCACGACGUAUACCUUUUUUUCCUUUCUCGAGGUCUGGCUCUCUCCCCACGUAAACGAUGGACAUUAUUCCGCGACCUACUUUUUCGCCUCAGUCGGAGGGGAAUGAAGAGAUGCUUGGGCCACCCGCCGCUAGUGCUCCACUGCCAGGUGAAGGGACUCACCUGCAUCAAAGUCUUGCUGCAGGGGUUCCUGUCUCAUCGUGGAAUUUCUUUCACCUUCUGAUAGCUGGCGACAGCCAUUCCACUCGUCGAAGCGUCCAGACAAUCGCUUUGGAAAAUCUCGAGCUGUUCAUUCCUCGAUUCGAUGUGCCCCUUUCGACACAACGGGAGCUGGCUCUCAGACGGCUGAGAACGCUGUGUCAAGCUGGACUCUUUUCUGUGUUUGACUUCGAUAGAGCGCCUCGCCGUUUGUUGACCAUGCACGAAUGCUGUGGGAUGUUGGAUGCAUCCUUGGCAACAAAAUUCACUGUUCAGUUCAACCUCUUCGGCGGCACCCUUCUGAGACUCGGAUCCAAAGAAAACCACGUUCAGCGUGAAAUCCUGAACAAAAUCGACACUCUGGAAGAGAUCGGAUGUUUCGCUCUGACAGAAUUAGGUUAUGGCAACAACGCUGUGUGCCUCGAGACAACGGCUACAUACGAACCGGCACGCGAUGAAUUUGUCAUCAGCUCCCCUACAACUCUAUCGCAGAAAUACUGGAUCACAAAUGGCGCCUUGCAUGCUUCUUGGGCAAUCGUCUUUGCUCAAAUGAUUAUUCGAGGAGCCAGUCAAGGUGUCCACGCCUUUCUUGUUCGAAUCCGACAGCCGUCGAGCAAUUUAGGGAGCUCAAGCGAACUUCGAGUCUGUCCCGGAGUGACAAUCGAAGAUAUGGGUCACAGAAUAGGAUGCAACGGAGUAGACAACGCGAAAAUCACCUUUCAUAACGUCAGAAUCCCACGCUCUCAUUUGCUUGACGGCAUUACGAAGGUGGAGGCGGACGGGCGUGUCUUUUCCAUCGUUGACGGGCCCGAGUCUCUGUCCGUGGACUUGGAAACACUUCUCAAAAAAAGGGAGGAGAAAACAUCGGAUCGUUCUGGGAACGGUGGAGGCAAGUCUGCUGUUUCGAACGUGGCUGAGGAGAAAGGAGUGAACAGCCAAAGGCCGUCUCAGAAACGUCGAACGACGUUAGCUAACUCUGCACAAUGGACGAGAGCGGAGGUGAACAGAGGUGGGCAGUCGUGGACAGGGGAUGCACUGUCGAGUUCCCAAAACGAAGGACAGCCGAACGCAGUUCAGGUCGUUUCGCCUGUGGAGAAACCCGAGGCAGAACCGCCUUCUGCGUCGAUAGCGCGCAAUCGCUUUCUCCUACAGACUGAGCAACUGCUGUCAGGACGCCUGUGCAUCGCAUGCAUGAUGAUUGGAGGGAUCAAGGUGGUCCUGAACAACACUCUCCGCUACUCUUCCACGCGACUGUCUACAGGGCCAUCGGGUCUCUCGGAUACUCCCAUUCUGUCUUUCGCGGUACAAAAGCAGACGUUGAUGCCCCUCCUCGCUCAGGCCUUGAUCCUCAUGGCAUGGACCAAUGAAGUCAAAGCUCUAUACGAACGCUUUACCCGCGUUCUCUCGCGAACCGCGUCUGUGCGCCAAGCGUUUCUGAGAGAGAGAAUUGCUCUUUGUGCGGCUGUGAGGAAGCAACGGCAAUUCGAAAAUGCAGAGAAGAGCACAGCAAACCGUGGCGAACGAAGUCGAGAGGAAACCACCUCGCCUUUGACAGAGGAAGCGCGAGGCGGCAAGGACGGGAAUCCCACAUUGUUCAAUGUACACACACAGCGAAAUAAAAAGACGGGGAAGUUGGAGGAUCCGGUCCUUAUCGGAUCUUUGCCUGUACGAAGCCUACUAGAAGCGCACGCAGCUGCACAUUGCGAAGUUCUCCUCCAUUGCUGUGCUCUGAAGCCUACCGUGGCCUGGUGCGCAGAAAGACUUGCGACAGAGGGAAGAGAAAGAUGCGGGGGCGGCGGAUUCUUGAGUGCCAACCUUUUCGGUGAAUUUAUCGGGUCCGCGCACGCGGGGCUGACUGCAGAAGGCGACAACCGCGUGCUGUACGCGAAAGUCAGCAAGGAGGUUUUUGCGCUAUCCUGUCAACACAACUCCCCUGUUUGGUUGAAAGCGCUGGCAGAGUUUCCAGAGACUUCCAUCCGGGACGAGUUCGCUGCAUUCAGCAGGACACUUUCUACAUCGGGAAAUGACGCCCCUUCCCGUUCACAGUCUCCUUCCUUCCCUCCUUUGUUUUCUGUCAAUCUCGACCCCCAUUUACCCGUCCCUCCUCCGCCGCAAGAACCGUCAUUUCCUCCUCCGCUUGAGUGUGGACCUGGAGCGGCGAGUUCCUCUGAAAUCAGCAGUUACCCACCUCCUAUGUACGGGCCGGAAGGAGAACUUUUGAAGCUGAUACACAUUCUUCUCCGUCUCCGAAUGAGUCGGAAGAUCCAAAGGCUACGGCAGUUGCUUCAGAAAAAGCAAGCAGAACAGCGCGUGUCGAACCGAGAUCCGCGGGGCCCUUUACACAGCCAAAAACGAGAAAGCGAAAAGUCUUUGCACGAUCACCACCAGAGGCUGGGCGGGAUGACGCAGGUGGUCCACGAACAGGGAAAGAACAUGGAGAACACCAUCCGCAUGCAGAAGAAACAAAUGGUCUACGAUUUGUGGAUGGCUGACGUGGACACACACGAUUUCAUUUACUCCUCAGCGCCCGCCUCCAUUGCCAAAUGUUUUGCAGAUCUGGCAGGAUUCGAGGCCUACUUAAGACUGUUAGGGUACAUGAUGCAACACAAGCACGAAUUGUGUGCCCAAGCCUUGGAAGCGCCCCUUCGUCUUUUUGGUCUAUCUUGCCUUGAGGCAGACCUCGGUUUUAUGAUGGCUGAGAAGCUGAUCAAGCCCGAAGAAGUUCACGCUCUUCACCAAGCAAAAAACGAUUCUGUUGACCGUGUGGCGGCAAUAUCCAUGCAACUGAUCAGUUGCUUUGGCAUUCCCGAAAAGCUCUUGUUCGCUCCUAUUGCAAGAGACUGGCAAGCGUUCAACGAUCCAAGCCGACCUACGAAUGGGGAACUGACGCGAUACCAUGACAGCGGUUGAAAGAAUCGCGGUUUUACAGUGUCUAGUGCGCCUUGUAUAUGAAAACGGCACUGGUUCCUUGACGAGCUUCGUGAUUUUGGCAGCAGCAAAAUUGUCAUUUAGUAAAUCCAGAGCCUACAUAGCGCCGAUUCUUUACUGAUAUAUAUGCAUUUGAACUCAUGUAUUCCGUGAGACGCAGCUCCGUGUCUACCCAUGCUGUGAACAUAUGCUUAGUAGACUUUUUGAGUAGGAAUAUUUCAUUCUUUCACUAUGGAAAUACAUAUGCAUGCCCGCGUUCCAAACGCUGCCCUUCCUCUUCAGAUAUUGGUAGCAUCCAUAGGGAUCAUAGUGCUAGUUUGCUCUCCUGGUUGGGGUGGGUUGUGCCACCCUCGAUGUUAACGCCGACCU